UUAGGGUUUUCUGGGGAGAGAAAGAAAGGCAGGGAGGGAGGGAGAGAGAGAGAGUGAGAACGAGAUGGAGCAGAGGGAAUCGUCGGAGUCGAUGGCAGUCGACGCCGGAGUCGCCAAUCGGGGAAAGGAGACGGCCCUCUUCUCCAUCAAACCGAAGUUCGAGCCCCUCAAAGCGCAAGAGAUGUCCGGUGGGCAGGUCCAGUUCCGGAAGGUGUCUGUUCCCCCGCACCGCUACACCCCUCUGAAGAAGGCGUGGAUGGACAUAUAUACGCCCAUAUAUGAGCAGAUGAAGAUCGACAUCCGCAUGAACCUCAAGACAAGGAAAGUGGAACUGAAGACACGGGCAGACACACCGGACAUCAGUAACCUGCAAAAAUGUGCUGAUUUCGUGCACGCUUUCAUGCUAGGUUUUGACAUUCCAGAUGCCAUUGCCCUCCUUCGGCUCGAUGAUCUGUAUGUAGAUUCCUUUGAGAUAAAGGAUGUUAAGACUCUGAGAGGAGAGCACCUUUCUCGGGCAAUUGGUCGUUUAGCUGGCAAAGGUGGCAAGACGAAGUUUGCUAUUGAGAAUUCGACGAGAACUCGAAUAGUGAUAGCAGACACGAAGAUACACAUUCUUGGGUCCUUCUUAAACAUUAAAGUCGCCAGAGAUUCUUUGUGUAGUCUCAUUUUAGGAUCCCCAGCAGGUAAGGUCUAUUCCAAGUUGAGAGCAGUCUCUGCUAGAAUGGCUGAGAAAUUUUGAAUGCUGGAUCAGUUUCUGCAUGUUGGCAGUGAAAUUUUGAUGCGAUCAUCUUAUUUAACCAGUUUGAGUUCUUAGAGUGAGCAUUGCGCGAUUGGUUGAUUCUGUCGGAUAGAAGGUGUUGUCAUUGGUGGUGGCACCGGAUUUGCUAUGGAAUAACCUAGAGGUUUCUGCCACUACCAUUAUUAUUUGUUCCUUUAUGGGCUUCAUGUAGUUGCUGGUCAAAUUCCUGUUGCUUUGAGUACAAAGAGUAUAAAUGAGUUUGUCUUGCUGACCAUCUACUUACUGAGCCAGAUUUCCUCUGUCUCGAAUCAUGUAUACUAAUAUGGUUUUUGACUUAAUUCUCUCAACUGAUGUAUGGGUAUAUUUAACCAAGUGUCUUAUUUGAAAA